CCUGAUAGUAUUUCUUCAGCUGUCAGCCAAUAUUAUUAAAAUAGUUUAGUAAAACUUUGGCCCCUUCAAAGUGAAGACAUUAACUUGCCACCAUGUUUACCUUUCUUAAACAAGCAAGCAAAAGGUCUGUUAGCGUUUUCGAAGCUUUGCGUGCGACGGGCACCAUUUCUGGAAUUGCACCGCAAACGGCAGGGUGGGGAGGAGAAUAUGCUGCAAGAGCUACAAACACAGAUCCGAAAAGGCGAUUCUCGGACAAGCGUUACAAUGUUCCUCCCAGUGCUGAAUUUGUAGCAAGAGUUUCUGGAAUUGCUACCAUGGGCAAGUUACCUUUCCAGGAGUCAGCAGAGGGGCUAGACGCGGCUUUUGUUGGAGUCCCGAUCGACACGGGCACUUCCAACCGUCCUGGUGCGAGGUUUGGACCACGUCAGAUCAGGGCGGAGUCAGCCAUGCUGAGGGCAUACAACGGGGGUACGAGGGCGGCUCCGUAUGAGUCCCUGAUGGUGGCAGAUAUCGGUGAUGUAAACGUCAACGUUUAUGAUCUGAAGGAUACCUGCAAACGGAUCCGUGAGGCUUACCGCAAGAUCGUAGCCACGGGCUGUAUCCCGCUAACACUGGGUGGUGACCACACCAUAGCAUACCCGAUUCUCCAAGCUGUUGCUGAGAAGCACGGUCCGGUGGGCUUGAUCCACGUGGACGCACAUGCCGACACCAGCGACGUGGUCCUGGGGGAGAAGAUUGGUCACGGCACGCCGUUCCGCCGCUGCGUGGAGGAGGGGCUGCUGGACUGCAAGAGGGUGGCCCAGAUCGGCCUGCGCGGGACCGGCUACUCCCCAGAUGCCUACCAGUGGAGCCGUGAGCAGGGUUUUCGUGUGGUGCAGGUAGAGGAGUGCUGGUUCAAGUCUCUCACACCCCUCAUGGCUGAAGUCAGGAAGCAGAUGGGGGAUGGUCCGGUCUACCUCAGCUUCGACAUUGAUGCCUUAGACCCUGCCUUUGCUCCAGGAACCGGCACGCCUGAGAUCGCCGGACUCACUCCCAUCCAGGCACUUGAGAUUAUCCGGGGCUGCCGAGGCCUAAACCUCAUUGGCUGUGACUUGGUGGAGGUGUCACCGCCAUAUGACACCACAGGUAACACUGCACUGACUGCUGCUAACCUGCUGUUUGAAAUGAUGUGCGUUCUUCCCAAGAUAAAAUACUACUGAAGUACUCCACAGUACAGUGACACCACCCAACAGUGUUAACAUUUUUACACUACAGGAAAAAUCAAGAUUGUAGUGAAUAUCAUAAUGGAUGGUCCACAUAAACAGUCCCACAAAUUUUUUCACGUAGUGCUCAUCACUCUUCUUAAUCAGUCAAUGGUUACUGUAAUUUCCAUUAUCUAACACUUUAUGAUGAAAUAUUUCACCCUCACUUUCCACAAAUACUUAUCCACUAGUCAUAAGUCAGUCUCCAUGAAUAGGUGUCAGAAUGUAUGAUGUAAAAUUUGUAUAUGCCAAGCAAACAAGACAGAUGUGUAAAAUAAAACAGUAAAUUAAUAGGCUCUUUAUGUCUGAGAAGAGAAAAAUCCCCAGCAACACCACUGGAGGAAUAUUUCAGUCAUUCAAUGACAGGUGUGGCAAUAAGUCAUUUCUGAAUGUCAACUUUUCACUAUGCAACAAGGAAAUGUAAAUUAACCCAUAAUUGUUGUGGCCAUUGCUACCUUCACAUAAUCCCAAUCCUUCACAGUGGAUUGCAUUUAUUUU